CGGAGGGAGAUCCAAGCGGGAGAGAUGGAAGGCGGGAAGGAGAGCCGGGCGGUGGUCGCUGCCGCUCCGUGGGGCAGCAGGGAAGAGCCGGAGGACAAUACGAUGGUCCUCACAGUCAUGAAGCAUUUCAAUGAGUUUAUGGCUGGCGAUGAAACGUCUGUGCUGGACACGUCUGUGCUGGAGAUGCAGCAGCAGCCUCUGCAGUUGCAGUACCAGGAAAUGAUGCGGGUUGAAGCGGAGGCUGAGCAGAUCCAUUCGGGGACGCGGCUCUUGCAAGCGGAAAGGGAGAAAAUGCAAAUGGAGAUGAGUCACAAGAGGGCCCGGAUCGAGCUGGAGAAACAGGCCACCAUGCAUGCUCGGAAUUGCGAGCGGGAGACUGACCGUAACCAGGAGCUUCAGAAGCAGAUCAAGCAGUGUCGGGAGAGGGAAAAGGAGGCCGAGGAGAAGUUAAAAGAGCAACUUGAGGCCAAUAAAGCAUGCCAGAAGAGCCUGGAGUCUGUGUACAGGAAGCUGCAGGGGAAGGAGAACCAGCUGGCUGAAGCUAACGAGAAAUCCACCGAGUUGAGGGCAAAGGUGUCUGAGUUGCAGCUGAAGUUGUGGAAUCAGGAGAUGGAGGUCAAGGACCGAGAACUAGAGAAGCAAGAGCUGUCUGAACAGCUGGGGGCACAACGCAAGCAGUGGCAAGAGGCCAAGCAGCAGAUUCAGAGCCUGGAAGGCAAGCUAGCCCAGAUGGCUGAGAAGGAUCAGAAGAUUCAGGUCUUGGAGCAGAAGCUGGCUUUACAAGAACAAGACGCCAUGGUUGUCAGGAACAUGAAGGCCGAUUUGGUGCGGUUCCCCAAAAUGGAACGGGAGCUGCAGCAGCUGAAGGAGGAAAAUGAGUAUCUUAGGGAAAUGAAAGAGAACAACGGACUGCUCAGAGAGGAAGUGGAAGGUCUCCAGAGGAAACUCGAGCGCUUUGAGAAGGUCCAAGCUGAUCUGGUGGCGUUAGAAUUGGAGAAGGAGAAACUCCAGGGAAAGCUGAACACCUGGGAGAAGGUCGACCAGAGCGCUGGCUUAAGUAUCAAGUAAGCUCAAGGGAUGGGCACUUAAAUUGUGGGUUUUGG